CACGGGUUAUUUGGUGGGAUGCUGUCAAAAAUACGGACGGGUCUUGUUUAUCUCGCGUGAAUUUUCUUCAAUGGCCACAUACAACAAUCCCCACUGGCUGCUGUGUCACAUUCGCAAUUCCUUUAUCUCCACCGAUGACACAGGGAUGUGUGAGGCGGUGAUGGUGAGCGAGGAUCUGCCCAGUCAGUACGCCCAGACGCACGCGAGGCGCCCAGAGCCAACGAAUGGCCUCGAGGACACGCAGGAUUUUGUGUGCUACCCUGGCCUGGAUCAGAGUGACGACGAGGACGGGGACCUCCUGUCGCAAUCUUACGACAUCCAUGCCGAACCCGACAUUGGGCUCCAUCGGCAGCGCUCCAAUACAGCCCAGAAUCUCGAGCGGAUGGAGCUGGCACGCCGAAAGGCAUCGAAGAUUCGCAAUGUAAAGUGUGACGAUAGCAUUGUUGCCAUCACGGAUGCCGAUCGGGAUGCCCUCUUUGUACGCCGAGACGUUCCCCCCGUGACCACCCAGAAGAAGAAGCCAAAGUCCCUCCUCAGCGAGAGACUCCAACACUGCCCAAAACAGACUCAGAACAAAUUCCUCGAAUACGCGCGCUUCGACGGUACUGCCCAGACGGGAGUGUCGACGCGCACCCUCAAGAUUUUCCUCACAAUGCUGCCGGAGAAACAGCGCAAUUACCCAAUUCAGGUGUGUGUCCUCUCCACUGCCAAGAUCCAGGAAUUCAUUGGAUUAAUUUGCUACAAAUGCUCGAUUGAAAACCCGGAUGUGCCACUCAAGUCUGUACGAAACUACGGGUUGUACAUUACAGAGGAGGAUGGUGAGGUGGAUUCGGACUUCCCACCAUUGGACGUCCGGGAGCCGUGCUCUAAAUUCUGCUUUAGCCAUCUGGCGCUGAUUGAGCGUCGAGCUACGAUAGCUCGGGUGGAUCAGCGUACCAUGUCUGUGACGUCGGAAGUGGAUGCCGGGGGAGGGGGAGGAACUUUCCCGGAAGAUCCAAAAGUAGUGAGUGCCCAGCAGAGUGAGGACAUGGCACGAAUGCUGGGGCACACGACAAUGAUGGAGGCUCCCAUGUAUCGCUCCUAUCGACUCCACAUGCUGCAGGGACCUUUCUUCCGGACUGAGAUUCAAUUGGGCAUCUCCGGAGAGAAGGUGGAAAUUGAUCCGGUGCAGCAGAAGAAUACAAAAUUCUGGACAAAACAACGCGCCAUUAGUCAUGCCAUGAAUAGCGUGGCAAUGUGCGAAAUCAUCGAACGGAAGCUCUAUCGUGCAACCUUCCGGCUUGUCUACCGUGUCCCACGUCCAGGGGUGGAUGAGGGUGGUGCCCACAGUGAGUACAGCACCUCAGCAUCCCCACAAGCCGCCAGUACGUCCACCUUCAAGCACUACAACUUCGAAACAGACCCCGAGACGGCGCAGGAGAUUGUGGAGAAAAUCCGCAAUAUCCUGGAGGUGCGGAGUAGUGCAACACAACGGGAGUUCCUGAGCUUCCGCGAGAGGCGGCGCGGUGGACACGGCAAGAAAUCCUUCUCACUCAUUUAACCCAUGCCCAGCUCAUAGGAGAUGCGCAAACAUUUCUCACAAAAAACUUCCACACACACACAAAACCAGCCAACCCAAAAACCACAAAGUGUUCCCGGAGAGUGAGCCCCCCACGGCUUCACUCCUUUACGUUCUUACCUGCAAUUUCUCAACCACCAGCAAAACAGCUCUUUUACCUUUUUUUUUUACUUUCGCCCCGCAUCGCGGACAAACUAUUUUAAGUGUAUUUGUUUUUUUUUUAUUUCUCGGAUGUUGAAUGAGUUCACGCACUUCGUAUGUUGACGCGUUAAUCUUGAUUGUGAUAUGAAAGUGAAAUCUUUACUACAUAAACUUGUGUACAUAUGUUGCAGAGUGAAUAAAAAUUGAACUGAGCAUAAAA